UUGCAAGGGGAAGGCAGUUUGUAGCCUAGAGCAGCCAUGAGGACUAUAUAAUAGGGAGAGGGACACCGAAGUUGCUAGACAGGCUGAAGCAGUGGCCUCCAACCUUUCUCAUCCUUUAUUCCCGAGUAAAGUAACUGUUUGCAAUGGCUGCUACUGUGAACUUGGAACUUGAUCCCAUUUUUUUGAAAGCACUAGGCUUCUUACAUUCAAAGAGUAAGGAUUCUGCUGAAAAGCUAAAGGCAUUGCUUGACGAAUCUUUAGCUCGAGGCGUUGAUUCAAGUUACCGUCCAUCUCAAAAGGAUGUGGAGCCACCCAAAAUUUCAAGCACAAAAACUAUUUCCAUUAAGCAAGAGCCCAAAACAUCAUCCAGUCUUCCUUCUGGCAGUAAUAAUGGCAAGGUCCUCACAACAGAGAAGGUCAAGAAGGAAGCUGAGAAGAGACCUGCGGAUAAGAUGAAGUCUGACAUCGCUGAAGUAGUUGAUCUUCCAAAGAAACCUAGACUGGAGAAGCCAGAGACACGGUCCUCUCCCAUUACCGUGCAGACCAGCAAGGACUUAGCUAUGGCUGACCUUUCCAGUUUUGAGGAGACGAGUGCUGACGAUUUUGCUAUGGAGAUGGGCUUGGCCUGUGUUGUUUGUCGGCAAAUGACGGUGGCAUCUGGUAAUCAAUUAGUGGAAUGUCAGGAGUGCCACAAUCUCUACCACCAAGAUUGCCAUAAGCCCCAGGUGACAGACAAGGAAGUGAACGACCCUCGCCUUGUGUGGUAUUGUGCCCGAUGUACUAGACAAAUGAAGAGAAUGGCUCAAAAAACUCAGAAACCACCCCAGAAACCAGCCCCCACUGUUGUUUCUGUAGCUCCAGCUGUCAAAGACCCGUUGAUUAAGAAACCAGAAACUAAACUCAAACAAGAGACAACUUUUCUAGCGUUUAAGAGAACGGAAGUCAAGCCAUCCACAGUGAUUUCAGGAAAUUCUUCUAGUACCAGUGUUUCCUCUUCAGUAACUAGUGGCCUAACUGGAUGGGCAGCUUUUGCAGCCAAAACUACUUCUUCUGGUCCAUCAACAGCAAAAUUGAGUUCAACAACCCAAAACAAUAGUGGGAAACCUGCUACCUCAUCAGCUAACCAGAAGCCUGUGGGUUUGACUGGUCUGGCAACCUCAUCCAAAGGUGGAAUUGGUUCCAAAAUAGGUUCCAGCAACAGCGCUGCACCAACUGUACCAUUGAAACCACCACCACCUCUGACUUUGGGCAAAACUAGCCUCAGUCGCUCGGUUAGUUGUGACAAUGUUAGCAAAGUAGGUCUUCCUAGUCCAAGUAGCUUAGUUCCAGGAAGCAGCAGCCAACUGAGUGGGAAUGGAAAUAGUGGGACAUCAGGGCCUGGCGGAAGUGCCACCAGCAAAACCACCUCGGAACCAAGCAGCUCUCCCUCUGCGUCCCUUAAAGGUCCAACUUCCCAGGAGUCACAGCUCAAUGCCAUGAAGCGAUUACAGAUGGUCAAGAAGAAGGCCGCCCAGAAGAAACUCAAGAAGUAAUGUGGCCAAGCAGGUUUUUAUAUCAUGUUACCCUAAAGAUUAAAAUCUUAUUAUUAGGACAUAAACUGUCAUACACUAUAAUUUAAUAAAAAUCUUCAUAA